AUGCUCUCUCGACAAGUUCUCCGUGCCGCCCGCACCGCGGCUCCCCGGCGGGCCGCGACUCUGCACGCAGCCCCCGUGCGGUGCUUUGCUGCCGCUGCCACUGCCGCUGCCGAAAGCCAACCCCCGAUUGCAGUGUUCGGCCUCGAUGGCACGUAUGCCUCUGCUCUGUACACCGCCGCGGCCAAAUCCUCCACGCUCGAUGCCACCGCCAAGGCCCUCGGCAACCUCAACGCCCUCGUCGACAGGGACGCCAAGCUGUCCAAGAUCCUGGCCGCUCCCGCCCUCGCCGCCGAGGACAAGGCCGCCGUCGUCGCCGAGCUGGCCAGGCAGGCCGGCGCCGGCGGCGACACCGUCAGGAACUUCCUCGACGCGCUCGCCGAGAACAACCGCCUCGCUCUCCUAAAGGGCGUCUGCGACAAGUUCGCCGCCAUCAUGAGCGCCGCCCGCGGCGAGCUCGAGCUCAAGGUCACCAGCGCCCAGCCCCUCGACGGCAAGACGCUCGCCCGCCUCGAGACCGCCGUCUCCAAGUCCCCGUACGUCGGGCAGGGCAAGAAGCUCAAGGUCACCAACCAGGUCAACUCGGACAUCAUCGGCGGCCUCGUCGUCGAGGUCGGCGACCGCACCAUCGACCUGAGCGUUUCUUCGCGCAUCGCCAAGAUGAACAAGCUCCUCACCGACACUCUGUAG